CCAUCUUAUACCACACACCACUCACAUAUACCUAUACAACAACAAUCUUCUUCUCCUCCAACCCAUUCCACCACACAAAAACAAACACCACUUAUCCGUCUUCUAAAAAGAACAUCGCAAUCAUGGGUGCCGUAGUAUCCUGCAUCAAGUCAGUCUUCCGCACCAUCGGAAACUGCAUCAUGGCCAUUGUCAACGCCAUCGCCGCUGGUCUUAAGGCGAUCAUCAACGCCAUCGUCUCGCUCUUCGGCAUCAUCAUCAGCUGCCUGACAUGCGGCCGUGGCGGCGGCGGCCGAAGGAGGACGACGCACACGAGUAGAGUCUAGUUCUGCGUCCCAGUACCUCUCUUCUGCUUGACUGACGCCGACUCUGCUUUCCACCCGUCAGCAUGGCGCUUGAGAAGAUACGGGUACUACUACUGAGGCUGCAACCUGAGCACGCAACCGCGACUGUGAUGGCUGGGACUUGAACGGUCGGUACGUGUCAUGGGGGUGGCCAAAGGUUACUUUUCCUUUGUUGUUUUUCGUUGUAUCGAGAGAGCGGUUAUACCCUUAGAGUGGAGGUUGAUGGAUGAUGUGGUAAUGGUCAUGGCAUGGAAGCGAGCGAACAACCUCUUUUUUUCUGAUCGUCUGUAUUACCUUUUUAUUGUAUGGUCUAGCUCGACAAGAUGGAUGCAAAGGGGGAGUGGCAAGUCGAGAACAUGGUUUUCUUUCUUUUCUUGAUCGCUCCACCUGCGCAUAGAUUGAUACCCCCAGCUUUAUAUGAAUGGACCUUACUUUAAUUACUCUACAAGUUCACUUUGCACC